CAGGAGUGUGUGGAGGUGGGCGUGGUCUGAUCUGGCCCCGCCCUUCUUCUGGUUCGCCAUGAAGCAGCUGUGCCUGUGCGCUGCUGCCUCCUUCGCGGCACACAGAGGUGGUUUGAGGAGGAUUGAUAUCUGGAAACUGUCCUGUUGGUGGGCCUGGAUCCACAUGCUGGGGGAUGCAGGUUUCAGAGACACUGUCUCGAGGCCCCCAGCCCAGGACCACCUAUCCCACAGCUCCGGCUCAGCCCCACCGACCUCAGCUCCUGCCCACCCUGUGGCCGGUGCCCUAUCCCGAAACCCGCAGCCAGAGGCAGGCGCCAGGCAAGUGCUCAGGGGUGGGUGGGGAGAGCCUGGAGCAACUGCCCCUGUUCCUCGGUGAGGAGGGGAGAUCAUCCCACACAAUCCCUCGAACCUCUCUGGGUGUGCCACCGCAGGGCCAAGACUGGGGCAAAAGUGACCAGCGACUGCUCCAGGCAGUGGAGAACAACGAUGUGGCCAGAGUGGCCUCGUUGAUUGCCCACAAGGGGCUGGUGCCUACAAAACUGGACCCCGAGGGCAAGUCUGCGUUCCACCUAGCGGCCAUGAGGGGUGCGGCGGGCUGUCUGGAAGUAAUGCUGGCUCAAGGUGCAGAUGUCAUGAGCACGGAUGGAGCAGGUUACAAUGCCCUUCACCUGGCAGCCAAGUACGGGCACCCAGAGUGUCUGAAGCAACUCUUGGAGGCUUCCUGCGUGGUGGACAUUGAGGACAGCAGUGGGUGGACAGCCCUUCACCAUGCAGCGGCUGGUGGUUGUCUGUCCUGCUCAAAGCUGCUCUGUUCCUUUAAGGCACAUAUGAAUCCCCGGGAUCGGUCGGGUGCCACACCCCUCAUCAUAGCGGCUCAGAUGUGUCACACAGAUCUGUGCCGCCUCCUCCUACAGCAGGGGGCUGCCACAAAUGACCAGGACCUGCAAGGCAGGACAGCCUUGAUGCUGGCAUGUGAGGGGGGCAGCCCUGAGACCGUUGAAGUACUCCUGCAGGGUGGAGCCCAGCUGGGCAUCACUGAUGCACUGGGCCAGGAUGCCACUCACUACGGAGCCCUGACUGGAGACAAACUCAUCUUGCAGCUUCUACAGGAGUCUGCACAGCGCCCCUCACCUCCCAGUGCCUCCCUAGAGGAUGACUCCGGAGAAGCUUCAUCACAGAACUCAGUGUCCAGCCAUGAGAGGCGAGGAGCCACCAAAAAGAGGAAAGCACCCCAGCCUCCAGCCAGCACACCAAUCCCUGAUGAUCAGGAUGCUUAUGAGGAGAUUGUGCGUCUGAGACAAGAGAGAGGCCGGCUCCUGCAGAAGAUCAGGGGCCUAGAACAGCACAAGGAACGGAGGAGGAAGGAGCCCCUGGAGGCAGAGGCCAGCUCAGUGCACAGCCUGGAGAGACAGGUGCAGGAGCUGCAACAGAUGCUGGCAGAGAAGCAGGAGGAGAAGGAGAGCCUAGGCCGGGAGGUGGAGAGCCUGCAGAGCCGCCUGUCCCUGCUAGAGAAUGAGAGAGAAAACACAAGUUAUGAUGUGGCUACCCUGCAGGAUGAGGAGGGUGAGAUGCCUGACUUCCCAGGAGCCGAUGCACUGAUGUUAAAGAACCAGAGUCCAUCAGCAGAGGAGUUAGUUGCUUCCCUACAGGAGCAGGUGGCUCAGCUGACCAGGCAGAACCAGGAGCUUCUGGAAAAGGUCCAGAUCCUUGAAGAGUUUGAAAAGGAUGAGGUGCAGAUGGCGGAAGAAAGUCAGCCCGAGGUUGUCCCUUUGGUCUUGUAUGAAUCCUUACGGGCAGAGCUUGAGCAGCUUCGGAGGCAGCACACAGAGGCCAUUCAUGCGCAGCAGCGGCAGCAGGAGGAGGGGGAGCCACCUAGGGCUCAUGGAGGAGAAGAGUCAGCACGCCAGGAAAUCAAGGGCAAGGGAAACACUAUCCAGAAUGGACCCAGCGUCCCAGACCUCAAUGGCACCACGUAUACAGAAACCACAGCAAAUGGAAUGGAACGCCAAGCGGGAGGCUCCGAGGGCAUCUGGAGCACUGAAGCAGGGGCUUCAGAGGCAACACCCAUAGAACCCGAGGCUGCAGGUUCAGAGGCCACGGGGAAAGUUGGAGUGGCAGCCGAGGCAAUGGACACUAGUGCUACUAUGGCUGAGGCCCUAAAUGUGAAAGCUGCAGGCGACAACGCGGAAAGUGAGCCAUUGGCUGCUGAAGAUACAGGAGGAAAAGAGAACCCAGGAAUGAAAGCUGAUGGGGAGGAUGUGCGGGCACAGGCAGGGCUCACAGGAACAGUGAUUGGAAACACGGAGGCCACCAGAGUGCGGGAUACAGGAAUUCAGGCCACAGGAGUAGAGGCCACGGCAGUGAAGACCACUGGAGUGCAGGCCACAGUGGCGGAAGUCAUAGGAGUGAAGGUCACAGGAGUACAGACCACAGCGAUAGAAGCCAUAGGAGUCGAGGACACCACCCAGGAGGCCACGGGAGCGGAGGACAAUUGCUGGCAGGCCACGGAGGCAGACAGCACUGGAGCGCAGGACACAGCUAUGGAGCCCACGGGAGCACAGGCCACUGGGACAGAGACUACGGAAGCAGAGACCAGCGGCACGGAGGACCCCUGCGCCGCGAUCCUGCACCCGGGGUUGGCGGCGGCGGCGCUGCAGGCCGAGCUGGAGACCCGGAUCCGCGGUCUGGAGGAGGCGCUCCGCAGGAGAGAGCGGGAGGCCGCGGCCGAGCUAGAGGCUGCUCGGGGUCGUUUUGCAGAAGCGGAGGCCGAGGCGGAGGAGGCAGCGCGGGGGCGGAGCCGUGAGCUAGAGGCGCUGCGGGAAUUGCUGGCCACGGCCACGGCCACCGGCGAGCGCGCACGCACGGAGGCUGCGGAGUUGCGCCAAGCGCUAGGGGCCUCAGAGGCUCGGGUCGCCGAACUCGCCUCCGCACUGGACGCCGCCCGCGAGGAGCUGGAGCGCGUGCGCGGGGCCUCGGUUCCCGCGGACGAGCACGAGAACGCGCUGGGCGCCCUGCGCGACCACGUGACUCGGCUGCAGGCGCAGCUGGCCGACCUGGCGCGAAGGCACGAGAAGACCAGCGCAGAGGUCUUCCAGGUGCAGCGUGAGGCAUUGUUUAUGAAGAGCGAGAGGCACGCAGCCGAGGCCCAGCUGGCCACGGCCGAGCAGCAGCUCCGGGGGCUUCGUACAGAGGCCGAGAGGGCGCGCCAGGCCCAGAGCCGUGCCCAGGAGGCCCUGGACAAAGCCAAGGAGAAGGACAAGAAGAUCACAGAUCUGUCCAAAGAAGUCUUUACACUGAAGGAGGCUCUGAAGAUGCAGCAGUCUACCCCAGUCAGCUCCAAGGAGGAGGAGGAGGCCCUGCGUGGCCAGGUGACAGCCUUGCAACAGCGGAUACAGGAGGAGGCCCGGGAGCACGGUGCUGUGGUGGCUUUGUACCGCACCCAUCUCCUGUAUGCCAUUCAGGGACAGAUGGAUGAGGAUGUACAGUGCAUUCUCAGCCAGAUCCUGCAGAUGCAGCGGCUUCAGGCUCAGGGCCGCUGAGGACACAGCUCAGCUGUUCAGUCUCCGUCCUUCACCUCUGCAAGCUGAAGCCACCACAGACACCACCUUCCCCAGCUCCCAGGGGAUGAACAUGACUCACCACUCAAUGGGAGACCAGCCUGGGGCCUUAGCGAUGGUGGCCAGCCGACCACCUCACAGCUCCCUAUAGUCUGGCCCUCUGAUUCCAGCACUCCCCACUUAAUAGGCUGGGAGUCCUCAUGUGCCUCCUACAUCACAGCCUCCACUCAGAAGGACAAGCCCAGUGUAUGUGUAUGUGUGCGUGUGUGUGUGUGUGUGCGUGCGUGUGUGUGUGUGCGUGUGUGUGUGUGUGUGUGUGUGUGUGUCUGUCUGUCUGUCUGUCUGUCUGUCUGUGUGUAAAAGAGAGGGGGGACAGGCGUAACCAGUGUGACAUACUGGGUAAGGGCAGGUAUGGGUCAGGGGACUCAGAACAGUUUGGUCUUCUAGCUCCAUAACAUGAUUAUGGCAAUAAAUAUAAGUGCAAUGCAGUAUAUAAAGAAACCAA